GUUAAGGACCCUAUCUAAAGCUUGAUGUGCUUCUGAUUUAGUUGAUCCUACCCACUCGAGCAACAGAGUAAACAUCUUCCCACAAUCUCUGGCCCAUCCCUUUUUGACGUGGCAGCCAAAAAAAAGAACUACGACAACAACCACCUACACCAGCUCUGCAAACCGCUGCUGAACACGAUACGUCAUGGAAGGCGCAAAGAACUGGUACAACAAGCAAUACGAGGCCUGGGUGCCGUGGAUCGAGGAUAAGGUUCUGGGCUGGUUCGGUGAGAACAAGACCAGCUAUGUCGCCAAAGACAACCUCAACAAGACCAAAAUCACCGGCGACGAGAACGUGGACGCCAUCCAGGACGACGUCAACAAAGGCGUGGGGGGACAAUUCGGCAAGGGUGGCUUGCUUGAAGGCGUGGGAACUCUGACGAGCAAAGAAGUGCUCAACAGGGGGGAGCGAAAGGGAAAGAACGAGGAGGGCGGAUAUGGACUGUGA